AUGAAUGAAGAAAAUGAAUUAAAAACAAAUACAACUACAACUAAUACUACAACAACUAGUUCAUUUUUACAAUUUUUACCAACCUCUGGUUCAUUUUCUAAAUAUAAUGUGAAAAAACCAGCAUCAACCCAAACUAUACCCAAAUAUAUUGCAUCUCAUAAUACAAACCCACCAAAUGAUGAAUUUGUAAAAAAUGAGGAAAAUAAUAUAUUAAUUAGAUCAUUAACUAAAAAUUCUGUCAAUAAAAGGAUUAAUGAACAAAUUCCAAAUGCAAAUAGGCAACAAAAAAAGAUAGAUAGCAAUUAUAAUGAUGAUAGUGAUGGUGAUAAUGAUGAUCAACAAGUUUAUUCUUCAGAAAUAGAUGAUUUUAGUCCAAAUAAAAGGUCAAGAUCUUAA